CCCUCUCGAAACCCUCUGUCAUGGACAUUGAUGAAGAGCCCGUCCCGCUGCCCUCUGCAGCACUAAGAGAUAUUAGCCCAAACAUCACGCUACAACCCCCGCUCUCCCGCCGUGGCAAUGGCCCCGGAAUAAUCAUCAUCACUUCCGAAUGCCUAGAGCUAAAUGAUAGCGAAGAAACAUUGGACCCGCCACCACGACAGAAAUGGGCAGAAGAGGGGUAUGCAGUGGUUGAAAUUAAGCUGCCCACUCAGCGGGAUGGAUCGGUUCUCAGCAACGCGGUCAAGGUGGCAGUCGACCAACUGAUAGCCUUGAAGGAGUGCGAUGUCAAUAAUACCUUUGGAUUAAUAUUAUAUGAUUCCGGCCUCUUAACUUCCGAUGAGGUUUCGAUGUUCAGCUUGGCUCAAGAUAUCCUGCCAGUUGGUGGCAUAGUCACAUAUGGCUCUCCCAUUUUGACUAGAUAUCCACAGCUUGUCCAUUUUCCCAAGAAGGAUGCGCAGCAAAUCCCGGGGCUGGAUGCAAAUGUGAAAGUCCACGAGUAUCCCGAGACCAACUCGCCGCAAUUUGUCAUUCCCAAGCACAAGGAUUUUCUCCCUUCUUCAGCGGCGGUUGCACAUACUCGCUCGCUGACAUUCUUAAAAUCAAAACUUGGAGGCCCUCUUUUUGAUCUUGAAGCUAUAUGGGACGAACAUACGUAUUUUGAAUUCGGGGAUCGAUCCGUUGCUAAGACAAUGGGGACUAUGGUCCAAGAACCAUAUGUCAAUCAUAUUCCGACGAUGACCGGUGGAAUUGGCCGCGACCGCCUUUCGAAGUUCUACCGUUAUCAUUUCAUCUGGAACAACCCAAAAGAUACGAGGCUUGAACUGGUCAGCCGUACAGUGGGGAUUGACCGUGUCAUUGAUGAAUUCAUUUUCUGUUUCACCCAUGAUGAACAGAUUGAUUGGCUUGCCCCAGGCCUCCCACCAACUGGCCAGGUCGUCCGUCUUCCCAUGAUCUCCGUGGUAAAUAUCCGUGGCGAUAGGCUAUAUCACGAACAUAUCUGGUGGGACCAGGCCUGUCUCUUACGCCAACUAAAUUUGCUACCUGAGUACUUGCCAUUCCCCUAUUCUUUACCAAACGACAAGCGUCCCGCGGAAGGGAAGAGGUUUGAGUAUAGAGUGCCGGUUACAGGAGCAGAAGGUGCUAGCAAGUUGAUGGAUGAAAAUAGUGUUAAGUCAAAUGGCAUGUUCAGCUUUGAGGUGAGGGAAGUUGAAGAUAAGUAGGCGCAGGGAUUGGAAAUUUCUCCGGUUAGGGGGAUGUACUCCGUGCAGUUAGUUAAGUAU